AUGGGAUUAAUUCGAAAUUCGGAAAAUACGAUCUCGUAUUUAAUAACGGAUUUCAAGACUUUUGGUCAAGGAUGUCUGACUCUGUCCGACAACGCUAAAUUUGCACCAGUGUUUGAGCCAAAAAUUAAAUCUGGUAAUGUCUUUUCAGCCGUUGCAAGGUUUGGUAGAGCGACUGGAACAGCAAUAAUACAUCCAAAUAGUAUAGUAAGUGAGGCUAGUGAUCUUCGCAAUGUUACAUUUACCCUAUUUGAGAAACGUUUGGCGGCCCAAUUAAGCUCACGUGAGAUAAGUGACCAAUUUUUCGGUCUCAAAGUCACCAACAUAGAAAUUUUCAUGUUGUCCUUGCAUGUUCUCAACCUUGCUGUAAAAGAAUCAUGCCAUUUCUAA